CUGCCAUGGCUGCAGCGGUGUGGACCGAUCGAGGGCGGAGGGCAGCGACACUUGUAGGGACGCUGACUGGGUCCAGGUCAACUCACACCGCUUUGAAAUCUCAGUAUGACGCGCUGGUCAUCGGCGGAGGACACAAUGGACUGGUGGCAGCUGCUUAUCUUCAGAAGGGAGGACUGAAGACUGCAGUGCUGGAACGCAGACACGUGCUGGGAGGAGCAGCUGUUUCCGAGGAGCUCUUCCCCGGUUUCCGCUUCUCCAGGUGCUCCUACUUGCUCAGUUUGUUACGACCGCACAUAUACAAAGACCUCGAGCUCAAGAAACAUGGGCUGAAGGUGUACAUGAGAGACCCCCAUGCUUUCACCCCCAUGCUGGAGGAUGGGGUGAGAGGCGCUCCACCGAGGUCUCUCACGCUGGGCUCAGAUUUGGCCAUGAACCAGAUGGAGAUUGGGAAGUUCUCACAGAAGGAUGCUAAGGCUUAUCCAGAGUUUCUCGCACACCUUGAAAAGCUAGCAGGAGCUAUCCACCCUCUCCUUGAUGCUCCACCUGUAGAUAUUCCUGGCGUCACUGCUGGAUCGCUGAGGAAGAGGCUGGCUGCAGCGAAAACACUGAGUCCCUUAGUCAAAUGUGGUCUGAAACUGGGCAAAAACAUCCCAGACUUUUAUGAGAUCGUAACUGCGCCGAUAAUGAAGAUUCUCACACAGUGGUUUGAUUCGGAGCCACUGAGGGCAACGCUGGCUACUGAUGGUGUGAUCGGAGCCAUGACCAGUCCGAGUAAUCCCGGUAGUGGGUAUGUACUCUUGCACCAUGUGAUGGGAGAGCUGGAGAAGGAGAAGGGAGCCUGGGGUUAUGUGGAAGGAGGCAUGGGAGGUGUGUCCGAGGCUAUUGCUAGGGCUGCUCGAUCCUACGGUGUAGACAUUUACACUGAGAAGGAUGUCGGACAGAUCCUUGUUGGUUCCGAUGGUGUUGCUAAAGGAGUGGUGCUAAAGGAUAGCACGGAGAUCCACAGUAAAGUUGUUUUAUCAAAUGCUACUCCAUAUGUUACCUUCAAGAACCUCACACCACAGGGCGCCCUUUCUCCAGAGUUCAUGAAAGCUGUAGAUCAGAUAGACUACACGUCACCUGUUACCAAGAUCAAUGUGGCAAUAGACAAGCUUCCAAACUUCUUAGCAGCUCCCACACCAGAUGACAAACCUGGACCCCAUCACCAGUGUUCAAUUCAUCUAAACUGUGAAAGCGUGGAGGUACUGGAGACAGCAUAUAAAGAGGCCAUGAAUGGGCGUCCCUCAGCAAGACCUAUGCUGGAGAUGACCAUCCCCUCUGUUUUGGAUCCUACUCUGGCUCCCCCUGGCUGCCACGUGGUGUCACUGUUCACCCAGUUCACCCCCUACCACAUCGAGGGCAGGGAGUGGACCGAUCAGGACCGAGAGGCCUUCGCAGACACUGCAUUUGACUGGGUGGAGAAAUACGCCCCUGGCUUUAAAAAGUCAGUGGUGGGAAGAGACAUCCUGACUCCGCCUGACCUGGAGAGGAUCUUUGGACUCACUGGAGGGAAUAUCUUUCAUGGAUCAAUGUCACUGGACCAGCUCUACCUAGCACGACCUUUGCCUUCUCUCUCAGACUACCGUUCACCAAUUAAAGGACUCUAUCUGUGUGGCAGCGGCUGUCACCCAGGUGGCGGUGUGAUGGGUUCUCCUGGCUGGAACGCGGCACUCACUGUCAUGGCUGAUCUGAAACAUCAAUGAGAAAUCUCACCGCAUCAGUGUGUGGUUCACUGACCAGUGCUCUACCUCUCUUUUGUGUACAUUUGACCGCUUUGAGAAAUCAGUUUAAGCUCUCACUCCAGCUACAUGUUUGAUCAAGUGUCUCUACACCUGGUUGUAAAGAUAUGUGCCAAAUGACCCGAUUUAAUGAAAGAAGUGGUAUGUGAUGAAAGAGAAAGGGUGAGGUUGAAAAAAAACAACAAGGUCUUAAUAGAGCUUGCAUGUCAAAAGUCCACCAGUGGAAAAACACAAAGCCAUGGUGUGACAUACUUAUGAAGUAGUCUAAGUGAACCAGCAGAAAAUCACUAAUGCUGGAGGCUGAUGUAUUCUUGACUCAACUGAUACUUAAUGAUGCACUAUGGGACGCUUUGCAACUUUUCAAAUAAAUCCAAGCAAAUGUG